GUGGACCAGUUGACGCCACCGAUGAGAGGUACUGUUUUUACGGAAAGCAAAGUGGUGCAAUGAAAAGAAUGAAAAGCUAUUCAUAGUAAAGCAGAUGGGGUUUCUUGUUAGCGAUGGAUCUUUUUGCGCGCACGGUGGAUCUCGCUGACUCUCAUGUAAAGCGCAGGUGUAUUUUUGUUCACCAAGCUAAUCUGCUACAUGAACUGAAUCACGCAGGAAUAAAGCAUGCAGCCAAGCCCACGCAGUACGGGAUGAACACAGAAACUCUUUCAAGCAAAAACCAGCCACUCCGGAUCACUUUACCCGCCAUCCAAACAAAGCAGGUGCUACCAACCAGCCAGUGUAGGCAAGCCGGCUGGCCAGAUUACUCGGAAGAAAUGGAAACGAUACAGGUUUUGAAAGGUAGCGCGUACGUUCUAUGCCGAGCCAAGGGAAGCUUUCAAAAUGCUAAAUAUAUGAAAGGACUUGAUUCUAUCGACUCAGCUUGUUAGUCGUAGCGCCUGGUGCUGCGGGAGCACAGCCUGG